ACCCUUCCACUCAAACACCGCCCUGAACAUUAGCACCACGCAGGCGCUAAGUAACUCCUUUGGCAACUGCCCUCCCUUUUCUAUGCGGCCCCUGGAGACACACCCCCUGGGACUUAAUGCGCAGGCGCCGCUCUACCCAACUUGCAUUCGGCUGUCUCGUUACGCAUGCCCGGGCGGCGGCGGCGGUCGGGGGCUCUACGGCCUUCACCGCCGGAAGUUCGGCGGCCAUCACCAAAGAGUGCAGGUUCGGCCAGCUAGCUAGAGGGGCUCGUUUCCGCCCGGCCCCCGGAUGGUGGGCGGCCAUCUUAGGUGAAGGGUAACCGCAGUACGUUGGUGCUUUGAGCAAGCCUCCUCGCUUCCUCCCACGGGAUCCCGGGACAGGCCCUACGCCUUGGCUGAUCAGCCCUAGGCUGAAGAAAUAGCGACCCAGUAUCAUGGCUGGCAGCCCUAAUGAAGAUUCAGAAGGAAGCCGAAUUACUUAUGUGAAAGGCGACCUUUUUGCAUGUCCCAAAACAGACUCUUUAGUGCACUGUAUCAGUGAGGACUGUCGAAUGGGCGCUGGGAUAGCUGUCCUCUUCAAGAAAAAAUUUGGAGGGGUGCAGGAACUGUUAAAUCAACAGAAAAAGUCUGGAGAAGUGGCUGUUCUGAAGAGAGAUGGACGAUAUAUAUAUUACCUGAUUACAAAGAAAAGGGCAUCACACAAGCCAACUUACGAAAACUUGAGGAAGAGUUUAGAGGCCACGAAGUCCCAUUGUCUGAGGAAUGGAGUCACCGAACUCUCCAUGCCGAGGAUUGGAUGUGGUCUUGAUCGUCUGCAAUGGGAAAAUGUAUCCGCAAUAAUUGAGGAGGUCUUUGAGGCAACAGACAUCAGAAUUACUGUGUACACACUCUGAAUAGAAGAGCAUUUUGGAUGUGUCUACCUUCUGCAUCACCUGGGCCACAGGACUGAGCAAACUGACCUUAAAGUGGUCAGAGGACCGUUUCUUGUGAAGUAGUCUGUGUCACAGGCCAGACCUGGGUUGCUGUAUUCCCAGGAUUGAAUGAGACUCUGGAGGAGGGGUUGCUUGAUGCUGGGAAUUUUUCUUUUUCAGGAAGGUAAGGGGAAGGGACCAAAUGUUGGGCCUAGGACCUCUUAUUUUGCUGGGGAUGCUAUGUGAUUUGUUUGGGUUGCCACUAGGUGGCAGCAUUGCUUUUACUUCUCUUCUGUUUUAAGAGAGAUUUCAGGAAGGAUGACCGUUUUCAAUUAAUUUUGCAUCUUGUGUCAUUUGUGCACCUACUUGGUAUUAUCCUUAUGGCAUCAAAUUCAUCCUAGGAGAGAAUUAUGAGUUUGAUUUUUGUUUAAAUUACAAAAGUUUUAUGUUUACAAGGAAUUUGUGGUGACAAAAAUGGAAAACUAAAGAUCUUUGUGGGGGGGGUGCUCCAAUGAGGUUCUGUGUACAUGUCUGUGUUGGCUAAUGGAGGGUUCACGCGUCAGAGGGCCCAGUUGGAAGAGGGCCAGGUGAGAAGACGUCAGAACGGGCAAGGACACUGGGGAAGCAGGCUUUCAGAGUCUCCUGGCGAAUGCUUCCUCUGUCCUGGCCACCAUGUAGUUUCUGUAACUGCACCUGUCUGAAUUCAGUCAUAAAACAUAGAACAACAUAUGUGAAAUACCUGGCAAGGUUCUUAGUGUGAACUAAUAAAUGACUUAAUCUGCAGUUCUCAACAAAA